UUGGUUUGCUAAUGUCUCUUAGGAGUCAAUUGAAUUAUGCAUUAUAAUUAGACUCAUACGACGUCGUCGGCAGUCGUUUCGCAAUCAGGACUCACGCCACUUACCAAAUGUGUCGAGGACCUUGCGGAGACAGAAUCUGGACGCGACAUAUUACAACAGCCGGCUGGGCAGAGUCGUGACGCCGUGCGCUCACAGGUAGCAGCCGGGAAGAGUUUUCCGAUCUGUGGCUGGAUUUACCUGUACAGUAUAAAAGUAAAGCGACAACACGGAAUGACAACUAGUUAAAAAACAAAUGUGUCACCGAACAGAAGCUCAGCUCAGCUCUCUCAGCGAAAUGUACAAMAACUGCAAUACAAGUGAAUCGUAUAUGAUGUUCGACGACUUCACAAACUUACCUCAAUCCUCCGAAAUCCACUGCCCUCCAGCCGCCUCCAAGUGCAAGCGCUCUCGCACCGCCUUCACAAGUCACCAGCUGCUCGAGCUGGAGCGCGAGUUCAAUGAGAACAAAUAUCUGGGUAGACCUCGUCGCAUCGGCAUCGCUCAACGUCUACAGCUUACUGAAAGACAAGUGAAAAUUUGGUUCCAGAAUCGUCGCAUGAAAAGCAAGAAACAGGCCAACAGACAACUGAGCUCCAAAUUGUUCCUAAAUUCGGCUCCAAUUCAAUCCCCUGAUCCUCUACAGCCGCCACUCAGUGAGCAUGAACUGAUUGUCGAACGUCUAUUGCAAUAUGUGAGCGGGGGUCCUCAUCCUGAGACAUUUCAGCUGCCCGAGCAGCCACAUAACUACGCCCCCAUGGAGCAACAAUUCGAUUUUAAUGUAGAUCAGUUUCCUGAUCGACUUCCAACUCCUGGUCUGACUGAUCUGAGCAUGUGGCAAAAUGAUUGGCCCAGCGCCGACUUAUGGCAAGGUAGUGGAGAUCUGAAAGAAACACAAUAUAUUCCACCUAUCGAUCAGUUCAUAAGUGCUACGACGACAGAUCAGCAAGCGGCUUGGAAUUCGGCUAGCUCGAUGACUACAUCUGCCUGUUCAUCCACCGCCUCAUAUGAUUCCUUUGAAUCACUUGAAUCCUUCCACAAUUUCGAUCAAUUAAAUUCUGCUCCAAUUGGCGCCCAACAACUUGACUGGGCUUCCAGUUCGAGCUCUCCAACGAUAUCUGAAGCUUCUUAUGAAUCUUUUGAGGUUGAUUUUGACUUUCUACAACAUUUAUUGAAUGAUUAA